ACCCCUGCAAAGUUGAGACGCAUUACAGUAAAUCUCGUCAAAGUUUAGGUUAUAUUUUUGACACUUCACUUUUAAUUUUAAGUAAGGAAGAUUUUCCCAUCAACAAGAAAAAAAUCAAAUCCAUCACCUACUAUGACUAAACUUGAAGUACAUGACAUACACUAAAAAAAAAAUGUAUGCACACUUAUAAAUUCUCACAAAUUCUCACAAUCAAUUGCAAGACAAAUAUCUCAUUCUAUCUCGAAAUAUUCAUUCACUCGAAACUGCUCUGCUAUCGAUUUAUUUUUUUUGCUUUACGUGAGCGAGAACGAGCUUUUUCGAGUUUUUCAGAAUGGUGAAUUUAGCCCAAGUUAUUGGAUUUUUGAUUAUUACAAUUGUUGCAUUUGUGGCAUCAGCUGGUGGUGAACAAGUUGUUACAUAUGUAUUUGGUGACUCAUUGACAGAAGUUGGGAACAAUAAUUAUUUGCAAUCUUUAGCUAAAUCUAAUUAUCCAUUUUAUGGAAUUGAUUAUGAAGGUGGAAAAGCUACUGGUAGAUUUACUAAUGGAAGGACUAUUGGUGAUAUUAUAUCUGAAAAACUUGGGAUUGAAUCACCACCCCCAUAUCUUUCAUUAGUACCAAAUGAUGAUGCAAUUUUGAAAGGGGUUAAUUAUGCAUCUGGUGGAGCUGGAAUACUCAAUGACACUGGACUCUAUUUUAUUCAGAGAAUGACAUUUGAUGAUCAAAUAAAUAGUUUUGAGAAGACAAAAGAAGCAAUCAAGGCUAAAAUUGGACAAGAAGAUGCAGAAAAACAUGUUAAUGAAGCUGUCUACUUUAUUGGAAUGGGUAGCAAUGACUAUGUCAAUAACUUCUUGCAACCCUUCUUAGCUGCCGGACAACAAUACACACAUGACGAAUUCGUAGAGCUUCUAGCAUCAACCUUAGGCGAACAAUUCACAAGGCUUCAUCAACUUGGAGCAAGAAAAAUAGUGUUCCAUGGACUUGGACCACUAGGUUGCAUUCCAUCACAAAGGGUGAAAUCUACAAGAGGAAUAUGUUUGAAACAAGUCAAUUUAUGGGUACAACAAUUCAAUUCAAAAGUCAAGAAAUUGGUUGACAAUUUGAAUAAGCAUCUUCCAUAUGCACAAAUGACAUUUGCAGAUACUUAUCCAUUAGUUCUAGACUUGAUUGAGAACCCCAAAGCUUAUGGUUUCAAAAUUUCCAAUACAUCAUGUUGCAAUGUGGACACAAGUGUUGGAGGGUUGUGUUUGCCAAACUCCAAGUUGUGCACAAAUCGAACUGAAUAUGUAUUUUGGGAUGCAUUUCAUCCAACAGAUGCAGCAAAUGCUGUGCUUGCAGAUCGAAUUUUCGCCACUUUGUUUCAUCAAACCACGUCAAGCCCUGCACCAGCACCAGCACCAACACGAGCACGGAAGUUUUUUUCAAGAAAACAUAGAAAUUGACUUGGAGGGUAAAAAAAAAGUAGACAAACGGGACCUAUUAUGAGACAUACAAUGUGUUACAUAACGAGACAUGUUAUAGUGAAAAAAAAAGGAUCAUUCGAAUUGUCAUCAAGGUUGCUAUUGCUAUUUGAUUCUAUUGUAAAUUGUU